AUCACCGUGACGCCCCGCCUCUCCGCCGCACAUAAAGACCGGGACGGCGCGGCCGCCCCACAGCGCUCCGCAGCUCUGCCGCCGCCUUCCUCCCUCUCCUCCUCUUCCUCCUCUGUCAACCCGAUAGCGAUGGACGCCGGCAGCCCGUGGACCCGCAGCCUGCUGCUCUUCCUCGGUUACCUACUGCAAGCAGUCAUGGGCACAACAGUGAUCCCAUUAUGUGCGCCUGGUGAAAUGGAAAACUGCACGACAGCAUUAGUCCAGACAGAGAACAGUCCUCGGGUGGCUCAAGUUGGGAUAACCAGAUGCAAGCCUGAAAUGAAGGACUACUGUUUUCACGGACAGUGUGUGUACAUAGUGGAUCUGGAUGAGCACUAUUGCAGGUGUGAUGUAGGCUUCUCUGGUGUCAGAUGUGUGCAUUCAGAACUCGUCCGACAGCCCCUCAGUACGGAGUAUGUGGCACUGACAGUCAUCCUCGUUCUGCUUUUCCUCAUCGCCAUCUCUAUCGCAGGCUACUACAUCUGCAGGAGGUACCGAAACAAGAAGAGACACACCAACACUAAUGAGUACAAGGAGGUUGGUGCCCUGUAGAAGAAAAUGUGACUUCCUGCAGCAUUUUGUUCACCUCGGCAGACUUUGUGACUCCCCAUCUAUUUAAAUGUUAUUUUUAUUAACAAUAUUUACAAUAUUUAUAUCCUUUUACAAAUUUCAAUUGUUUGGUAAUCCAAUCAGUAUAGGUCAAGUAUUUUGUUUGCAGUGUUUUAUUUUUUUAUUAAAUAAUAUUUCUUGAGAACUCCACGUCAGUGGUUCUGUGCGAAAGAGAUAUAUUUUUGUAAAAAGUCGUCUUCUUACUCUGAAGAGUAAUUUUAUAUUUAUUCUUGUGAAUAUGCUCAAAACAAUUUUGCACCUGUAAAUAAAAGUUCUCAACAAAGUCA